AUGUCGACUUACGCGAACAUUGUGGCCACCUUGGCAAUCGUGGUGGCAGUGUUGCCCGUAGGGUCCUGGAUUCAGCGAUUCCUUCCAUGGCUGUGGCCGCGCCAGGAAGCACCGCUGGUCCAGCUACCCCCUGAGCUGCAAGAACAGUUGACUGACUUGCAAUUGGAGCUAGACGAGGUUGCGCAGGAGGUCCACGAUUUACGCGGAUCAAACUUGCAAAACCUCGUGACUGCUCUCGAAGGUGCUGGGGAGAGCACCAGCGAUGAGCUCGCACUUCUGCGCAGUGCUGGUGACUAG